AUGGCAGGCAUCUUCGCCGCUGCUACCUCUCUCAUCAGAGGCACGGCCAUCUCGCAGAAUUAUACCAUCGGACAGCCUGGAGCUUCUUCUACCGCCCUCCCGGAGUCGACCCUUACACCUACAUUCAAUGUCGGCCCCUGGAAGGUCCAGGCUGCGACGCACAAAGUCACUGCGAAACAGGUCAGCGUGUGGUCGUUCGAGAAGCGAUCGGUGGAUAAGAUGGGAGCUGCAGGGAAGGAACGGAUUGUAGAGGUUUUGAAGCAUGAGGCAUCGUCUCUCUCCCGACUACGACAUCCUUGUAUUCUUGAAAUGGUGGAACCAAUGGAAGAGACCCGAGGAGAAAUUAUAUUCGCAACCGAACCCUUAACGUCUUCACUUGCCCUGUCUAUUCCCGUUUCGAGGCGCUCAGGAGGAAGCGGAGCGGAUUCUGGAGAGCUGGACGAGGUUGAGAUUCAAAAAGGCCUACUGCAAGUAUGUCGAGGCCUCGAGUUCUUGCACACAUCAGCAAGAUUGGUGCACUCGAACGUGUGUCCGGAAGCCAUCCUUAUUAACAGCAAGGGUGAUUGGAAGCUUAGCGGCCUGGGUCUGACUAUGCCUCUUAGUCAGCCUGAUGGGACUCCCACACGGUGGGAGUUCCCGGAAUACGAUAAUCGCUUGUUGCUCUAUGCUCAACGGAAGUUCGAUUAUCUGGCUCCCGAAUAUGCGAUCGACGAGCAAAUUACUGUCGCGAGCGAUAUGUACGCGCUCGGAUGUGUGCUUUAUUCCGUACAUAAUUAUGGUCGACCACCGUUCGCGACUCACGGCAGUAUGAACACCUUACGAGAAAAUGCGGCCAGGUUAGGAAGCGGCAAUGCUAUCCAAAAUGCUAUGAUGGGAGGAGACUUGCUCGAUCUUGUAAACCACCUGGUCACACGAAGUCCAGCAAACCGCCUAACCACCGCCACUCUCCCCCAGCAGCCCUUCUUCUCUUCCCUCGCCAUAUCCACUCUCAACUUCCUCGAACGGUCUACCUUCAGCGCCAAGCCGAAGGAAGAGAAAGCGACCUUCAUGAAAGGACUACUCAAAGUGUUACCUCGGUUCUCAGAAGGCCUCAAGCGUCGCAAGAUCCUUCCCAGCCUGGUUGAGGAGAUGAAAGACACUUGGCUACUCCCUUUCAUCCUCCCGAACGUGUUUGAGAUCUCCAAGUCUCUAUCGAAGGAGCAGUUCGCUCAGAUCGUCUUGCCCAAUAUCAAGCCAUUAUUCCAGAUCCGUGAUCCGCCGCAGAAUAUGAUUACUCUCCUAGACAAUCUGAAGCUCUUUCAGGAGAAAACUACCCCCGCGGUAUUUAAAGAGCACGUCAUGCCCCUGAUUUACGCCGCACUGGAGUCAGAACACGUCAACGUCCAGGAACGGGCGCUCACCGCUGUGCCUGAAGUAGACGAGACAGUGGAUUACAGCGAAGUGCAGAGUGUGCUGUUCCCGAAGAUUGCGUUGUUGUUCACUAGGACAAGAGUUCUGUCCGUUAAAGUGAACACGCUGAUGUGUUUCCUUCAUUUGGUCAAAGUGCUGGACACUACAACCCUAACCCAGAAGAUGGUACCGUUACUGGCACGGAUACGAACCAAAGGUGUGAAAAUUCAUCGUAUGGCAACACUAGAUGUGCAUGAAGCUAUGGGUCUGAAAGUGGACCGGGAGGCUGUUGCAACUCUUGUGCUACCACAGUUAUGGUCGAUGUCUAUGGGCCCUCUGCUUUCCGUUGACCAAUUCGCUCGUUUUAUGAAGAUCAUUCGCUCUCUCGGGGACCGUGUUGAACGCGAGCAGAUGCAGCAUCUGCGCGAAAACCAAAGGAUCGAACAGCAAACAUCCGGUGGAAUCUCGGGAUCUCAAUCUGUCAUGGCCGCGAACGGUGAAAUGAAUUUCGAGGACCUUGUUGCCGGCGGGUCAAGUCCAAGGCCUGUGGCAGCCAUGAAUGGGACUUCGUCCACUCAGCCGUCGACAUCUUCGUGGGAUGAGGUUGAUCCAUGGGAUAGCAUUUUCGCAGAAGCCGGGGCAGCGGUAAGCUCACCAAAGUACUCACAGCGAGUCACGCUCAUCAGUGCUCAGUCUACCCCAGCAUCAACCACCGUUUCUACUUUCGCCAGUCCAGCAACCACCUUCCCUCCCCUGCCACAGACGUCCUUCACAACUUCUACCAACCCCAGACCUGCGGCCCAGGUAUCCUCUCCACCAUUAAGAUCUGCAUCACUGACAUCUCCACCUAUAUCCCAACGCACCAUCUCUUCCUCUUCAAUACCACCGCUGUCGAGUGUCAACCGAUAUGCUCCACCAGUCCAACGAGCUUCUUCCCCGCUCGCUGCUAGUAGUUGGGCGCCCCUUCAAACUCAACCGAUAUCUGCGCAUGCCCAGACGCCCUCCGGUUCAUUCCAGACGUCCAAGCCAAACUAUAAUAUCAGCAUGGCUCUUGAACCACCCGUGUCCCUUGGAGGCUCACCAUUCCCAAUGCAACCGCCGUCGUUCCCAACCACGAGCCUAUCUUUUGGCCUUCCGGUGGCCCCCGCGAACCCCCCUUCAUACGGCGCAGCACCCAUCCCCUUCAACAUACCACCAUUAGCCCAGUCUAGCACUGGCAUCCUUGUUCCGACCAAAGUGGGAGCUUCCACUGGAGAUGCGAAGAAGACGGACUGGAAGGACUUCGAUCCUUUGGGUUAG